UCAGAGCGGGCAUCCACCGCGGCUGGAUGUCGCACCUCUUACUGAUCAGGAGUGGGGCAGUCGGACCAAGUGGCCGGCAGAGAGCAGAGGCUGCUAGCUUCUGGGAUGAGAUGCUCCUGAGCCGUCGUGUGCGUGGGGUGAGAGACACGCGCGGCGCGGCUGGACCCCUACGCGAGCCCGCGCAAAGGCAGCCACCGCAUCCGACGGCCGCGCAGGCCGUCGCUGCUCGGCCUACAAGCAACGCAGCAGCAACGGCGCCGGCCUCUCCAUGCUCAGCCUCGCACUGCACCGCUGGACAAGAGUCGCCAGCUGCUGCACGCUGGCCGCUGCUGCCGGCGGCAGCGAGCGUUGCGAGCGCCGGUGCGGUGCGGUGCGGUGCGCCGCGCAUGCCCGCUCCCGGCCCCCCCAUCACAGGAUCAGCGGCCCGCACCGCCCAGCAGGACAGUCACUGAGCGCCGCGGAUGCUCAAAAGGAAGAGUGCAUCGGGCCUGCUGCCGUCCUGCAACUCGUUCUCUCCCUCUCUCGAGCCUCUCUGCCGCAACCAAGUCGACUGCUGCACCCCACAGCGCUGCUUUCAGGCCAGGCAAGCGCCACGUCAGCCGUGCGCCACAGCCCCGCGCCACGCCUGCCACGCAGCAUCAGACGAGCGCUGCGCCGCGUGAUGGCACAGCCGGCGUGCCGCGCCGCUGAGCCCCUCGCCCUCGCCGCCCCGGCGCUGCUGCCCUUGUGCGUGCCGGCCGUGCGCCGCAGCCAGCCGGGCGUGGGCGCAGCAUCAUCCGCGCCAGCCGCCGCCGCGGCGCGUGUGCCGCGUGCGCGUCUCGCCUCGUCGCCCUGCAUCCUCGGUGCUUCUUCCUCGCCAUCCACCACGAGCUCGCAUCCGCCGCCGUCGCCCUUCGAGUCGUCGCCUGCUGCGCCGUUCCUCGCUGCGCCGCCCGCCGCCAUCUUUGCGCAGUUCCGCGCCUUCUCCUUCGACGCACCCGCUGACUUCGACAUCGAGCACGCCGCGGCCGCCGCCUCCUUCUCGCCCACCAGCAGCGCCUUCUUCCGCCCGCACGGACGCAGCAGCAGCGCCGCCCUGCCCACUGCCGCCUUCGCCGCCGAGCACCUCGCGCUCGACAGCCGCAGCGCCGGAGCCGCACCGCGCCGCUACUCGAGCAUCUCGUCGACGUCGCGCGCUGCCUCGUGCACCGCCUCGCCGAGCGACAGCAGCUGCUACGUCUCGCCGCCGACGGUCCGCCGCGCCUCGCUCCAGCUGCUCGACUCGCCCGUGCAGCCUGCACUGCGCAGCACCAGCGGCAGCACCUCCACGCCGCCGCUCGCUCACCGCCGCGUCCUCUCGCAGCAGCAGCCUCGCGCUGCGCCGCCCUCGUCUGCGGCUCUGGCAGCACGCAUCUCUGCGCACUCGCAGCUCCUCUCGGCACCCGCCGCGCCUCGCCGCGUGCCAUCCACCUUUGCCCAGGGCCGCUCUCCUCCGCGUCGCGUCCUGCGCUACCGUGGCCGUGCCGUCGCUCCGCUUCUCGCAGCACACGCGACGACGCCGUCCGACUUUGCGCCUCUGCCCUGCCUCGUUCUGCAGGCGCCCAUCGAGCUCGCGUCUGACGCGUCCAGCGACCUGUGCCUUUGAGCACAGCAUCCACAUCUAGCAGCUAUGGCCUCGCCUCAGCCGCCGCCCGGCCAGGGAGGGCCGCAGCAGGGAUACGGCCAGCCGCCGCAGCAGUACGCGCAGCAGCCCGGCCAGCCAGGUCCGCCCCAAGGAGGGCCGCUCGGCGCACGUCCGCCGUUCCAGCAGAAUCCAUCCGGUCUCCAGGGUGAGUUUCGCUCAGCGGUCGGGGACUGGCGGACAGUCCGGAUGAAGCACGCGCGCGGGCAAAU